GAAAAUCUGUCCCCGCUCCGUACCGAAAAGAAAAUAAACGUUCCACACCAGAACCGGGAAUUUAUCUAGCAUCCCACCCUCAGAUCAGCAACCAAGAUGUUUGCCCGUGCCGCCAAUAUCACCCGUUCCGGAAUGACCAAUCUGGUCCGAUACUCCCACUCCCACGGCGGUAUCCCCGGCGAGAACCUGCCAUUCAGUCUGACCAACCGGUACAAGCUGACGGCGAUGUUCAUCGUCUUCUUCGGAUCCGGACUGGGAGCUCCUUUCUUCAUCCUCAGACACCAGCUGCUGAAGAAGUAAACUCUCGCCAUGUCUCUGGUUUCGAACCUUCGGUGCACGCGCUCCAGCACACGGGGAUGCGGUUCCGUCGGUUGAGUUUCGUCUGUUAGGAGUGAGUUAGCGAUACGAUUCCGAUGCUAUGUAACACCCGUGGGGUUACACCAAUAAAAACAACACCCGGCUAAUCCUGCGGUACACAAAAU